AUCGAACAAUUUGAUCGACGACAACCUCGAUGCAGCAACCAUACGCCAACUACGUCCAGACUGAAUACUCGGGCAAAUCCUGAAGAAGCGAAAGUUCGAGACGUGAUUCCCCAAGGACACCAGAACACGGAUCCCGUCAUCGGCCGCAAACAAUCGCCAAACAUCAUCAACAACAAAGCCCCAGCCCCGCUCCAGAUAAUGAGAUAUUAUAUUAUAUAACAAUAAAACAUUGGGCUCUCGAAUACAUCUUUUACAUACAAACAAAUGGAUUUAUCCCAACCACAAACGGAGACGGUGCCCACGAAAAGUCGCUCGCGCUCAAACACGGCUGUCUCUAUGAAGGGGAGAAAGCGCCAGCUUUCCCGGGGAUCAACAACAAGUCUACACAGUGCCGCCACCCACUCGCUACACGAUCAACAAGCGGACGGUAACCCCGCCGAAUACCAGAAACAAUGGUUUGAGAACGAGCAACAACAAAGAUUCGCGGGUGGCGGCCAUGUAACUGCCGAAGACAUGGUUAUGCAGUCCGCCUCGCAGCUCCGAGACCCCCGGGACUAUGGCAUCGACCCCGCGCUGGGUGCUGCGGUCAACCAUACCUUAGGAUACUCGCAUGACGGCUCGUAUAGGCCCGAACAUGCACGGCGGUCUCUACCAACAGACGGCUAUGGAACAAGUUUUAUGGAGGAUGAUAGUCCUAUGCUUGAAGGCCGUAGCGAUGAGCAGGAUGACGUCGAUUCGUUAGCUGGUGCUAAUGGAGCUCCCAAAAAGGCUUCGAAGUCGAGUGCAGCAAAUGAACUUGAGAUGCGUCAGCUAUUUCAAAAUAAUAAGCACCGCAAACUACCUGAAGUAGCUACAGAGCUGCAUGGCAAUGAACGGGGCCCGCAGUCAGAGAGGAUGCGACAGGUGUUUGCAAUGAUCUGGAUAAACCAAGUUUGUGACAAAGGAAAAGGGUCAGUACCUAGAGGUCGCGUAUACGCAAACUAUGUUUCAAGGUGUGCAACGGAACGCGUCACGGUACUCAACCCAGCGUCUUUCGGCAAGCUUGUCCGAGUUCUAUUCCCUGGCCUUAAAACAAGGCGUCUUGGUGUCCGAGGUGAAUCCAAGUAUCACUAUGUCAACUUCAGCUUGAAGGAAGAUCAGCCAAACCUAAUUGAGAAUCCAUCAACGCAAAAAUACCAACCCAUGAAGACGGCAGAAGCCAAGAGGUUCGCGCAAGAACCUAGUCUUCCGUCACACACUCCGGUGGAUAAACAAGAAUUUCCAGGCAUGGCUUUCUCACCUGUCCUUGAGCAGACGAAUAAGCCUGCAUCUAGCUUUGUGCAAUCACGUAGUCUAUAUAACCAGUCAGUCCUUCACAACGUCCAGGAUCUCGAAUACAACGGCAAAAUAACCCAGCAUCUGUGCUUUGUCCCACCGGCGGACAAUUCGAUGCAUGAAUAUGAACCCAUCACGUUGCCAAAGAUUGAACCAUUCAUCCCAGCUGGGACAGAUCCGGAUUCGGCAACAGCGUUGACAGCGUUAUAUCGUUCCCACUGCACCUCUCUAGUGGACGCGAUCCGCUUUGUGAAACAAAAGACCUUCUUUUAUCUAUUCACUUCCUUUCAUGGCACCCUCACCAUGCCGGUACAGAAACUCUUUGCUCACGAGAGUAUCGCGCCGUGGAUAGAAGAAUGCGAUUUCAUCAUGUACCAAAAGAUGAUCCGACUUCUAGGCCAUUUGACUCUUGAGGUUGUACCGCAACAAAUUCUAGAUACUUUGCAUGCAAUCUCAGAGCGCCUGGUUUCUCACAUCCAGACAUCUUUCCACGGCCAGCCUGCUCACGUCAUCGAUGCCAAGGUCGCCCCUGCGACCCUAUUCGCUGGCUUGUUAGAUCGCAUGUGCAGAGUCAACCUCACGGCCCAUGCAGCGGCAAAUAUGCUUUCUCAUCCUCCUAAUCGGGAUCAGAUGUACCAAGAUUGGAUAUCUAUGGUGCGUCUCCGAAAGGUUGCAGAAUGCAUUCCAACGAGGGCAAUGGAUGAUGUGGCAAGGCUCCUCUUAACAGAGCUACGAGAUCUCCUUGAUCCAGUUACGGUAGCUUGGGACAUUGAAAGUGUCACACCAUACGGCGAUAUGUCAGCUCGAAGCGGUAACCAAAGAGAGUCCAGCAUCCACUUAGAUUCGUCGACAGAAAAUGUCCUCGACCGAUGGGUCAAUUUCUUGGUGUCGAUUCCGGGCAGAUUCUCGUACGCUAGCCCAGCGGACAUUAUAUGGUGUGUUGAACGCGUCGGCACAGCAGUGAUGAGAGAUCUCACUAUCAAGUCCGGCCAGAGUUUUGGAUCCUGGUGGGUCACAAAAUGCUGGAUCGACGAGAUGAUAUCUUUCAUGGCCGAGAAGGGUGGUUUCAUGGAAUACAAGACAUCCAAUACCAGGCGGAACGAGAACAUAGUCCAGUCUCACCAGAACCGAGCGGCCGAAUCGAACCCGAAUGUAUAUAAUGGCCUGCCUAUGGACGACUUUGAGCGUCAGCAGUAUAUGAAUGGCUCUAAUGACCACGGCAUUACGAUUCCAGGUCCGAUGGACACGGCAAGCAGCGCAGCUAUGAAUGUCGUUUCUGGACAUGACGACAGUGGAAUUGGCAUGCGAACGCCAGACGACGAGUUCUCCAUGAGCAAGUUCAACUUCAGCGAUGCUCAAAUGGGAACCCCUAAUAUGGAUGGAACGAUCAACCUCGCACAGGCAGCUUAAAAUUUCCAAAGCAUGACACUUAUUGACGGCCUCACGUUGCGAUUGGGAAUUGGUACAUUUCUCGAAGCUUUCUUCAAAGCUCCAAACUAGGGUACAAGGGGUCACUGGUUGGGCACGGAUGGGACCCCAUUAUGAUCCUGGGAUGAUAUUUAUGAUGUAGACUUGUGUGGGGGCACGGCGUGUAUGUGUAUAUGGGAUUGCUUUUUUUUGGUAAUCCAUGGUGGAUUAGGUGGGCAAAGGCGUGAUUGUUUGGUUUGUGUUGGGCUGGAUGCGAUGAUUAUCAGUUGACUUACCGCGUUAUUUUUAAUUCUCCAGGGGAGCUGUGGAUGUCUGUCAUCGACAUUGAUGUACUUACUUCAAACUGAAUGAGAUAUUUUGUUUGGUCAUCACAAUGGAUUAUGUUCCCCUUAC